UAUUUUUCUCUCACUUCCCCUAUUACAAGUCCCAGCUAGAACACACUCUCCUGUAGCUAUUACAAGCCACUAAGCUCUUGCUGUUAACCUCGGCCCAGCCGGCAAAGAAGAACCUACUGGAAAUCGGAAGGGGAAAAAAAAAAGCAAAGUAGGAGUAGCUAGUAGCAAAGCAAGAAGCUUCCCCGUGCGCCGACUACGUCGUCAGUCACCGACAGCCAUGGACUUCGACGAGCACGACGACGGCGACGAGGAGAUGACGCCGAUGCCCGUCAGCUCGAGCUACGACGCGCCGAUGCAGCCGGCCGGGCUGGUGGCGGGACUGGGAGGCGGCGGCGGCGGCGGGACCCCGAAGCCCGGGGAUUCUGGAGGCGGGAGCUUCAGGACGCCGGGCGGCGUCGUGGUGGGAGGUGGCGUAGGCGGUGGCGCGGGGGGUGGGGGCACCAGGUAUCGGGAGUGCCUCAAGAACCACGCGGUCGGCAUCGGCGGGCACGCGGUGGACGGCUGCGGCGAGUUCAUGGCCGCGGGCGAGGACGGCUCCAUCGACGCGCUCCGCUGCGCGGCCUGCGGCUGCCACCGCAACUUCCACCGCAAGGAGUCCGACUCGCCCACGGGCGGCGGCGGGGCCGAUCCCGCCGCCGCCGCCGCCCUUUCCCCUGCUGCCAUCACCGCCUACGGUGCCGCCGCGGCGCACCACCACCACCACCAGUUCUCGCCCUACUACCGCACCCCUGCCGGGUACCUCCUCCACCAGCACCAGCAGCUGGCGGCCGCGGCGGCCGGGCACAUGCAGAUGCAGCGCCCGCUCGCGCUCCCGUCCACCUCCCACUCGGGGCGCGUCGACGAGGGCGACGACAUGUCCGGGCUGAUCGGCCCGUUGGUGGUGGCGCCCAUGGUGGGCAUGUCCCUGGGCGGCUCAGGGGGCGGCGGCCCGUCAGGGUCCGGCGGCUCCGGCUCCGGCAAGAAGCGGUUCCGCACCAAGUUCACGCAGGAGCAGAAGGACCGGAUGCUGGCGUUCGCGGAGCGCCUCGGGUGGCGGAUCCAGAAGCACGACGAGGCCGCCGUCCAGCAGUUCUGCGAGGAGGUCUGCGUCAAGCGCCACGUGCUCAAGGUGUGGAUGCACAACAACAAGCACACCCUCGGCAAGAAGCCAUGAUCGUCGAUCCUUCCUUCCCCGGCGCCGGCGCCGGCGCCAGUGCUAGCUAGGUACACUACCACCACUGAUCGCAUUAUAUUGCGUCAUCGAUCUCCUCUCCGAUCCUUAGCAGAUUAUUGCUAGCCUUUUUCAAUUUGCCUUCCUUUUAGCUAGACUAGAAAAAAAAAUGCAAGCUAGCUAGCUAGGUCCCCGUAGCGAGCAGCAGUUCUUGGAUUUAGCUAUGAUGGAGAAGACGGCCGUCGCUUGUUCUUUUGUCAUCUUUGAUGAGUAUUUUAUUGUGGUUUCUUUGGCUGUGUGUUCGAUCAUGACGUUGGUGGUGUUGGGAAGGAGGAGGGCAGGGCAUGGCCAUUUGCCGACUUGGAUCUUGGGAAUGUACUACUCGCUUUUGUGUUUGCAAUUGAAAAUUUCGAUCCUGUCUGGGGAUUUGGGU